AUGAGCCUUAAUAAUGAUUGGUAUGAUAAUAUUAUUACCGAGAAUGGAAUAUUAAAUAUACCUUAUGAACAAAUUAGCAAUGAACGAAAGAGGAUAGGAUUUGGAAGAUAUGGUAUUGUUUACAAAACGACCUGUAAUUGGAUUGAAGGAGACGUAGCUGUUAAAGAGGUUUAUGUGAGGUCGGAAAAUUAUCGAGAAUGUAUUGAGAAUUUCAUUAAUGAGGUGAAAAUUCAUAACCGCGCGCGUAAUAAAAGAAUAAUUCAACUUUAUGGAAUAAGUCGAAACAGAGAAAAGAAACUAUAUUAUAUUGUGAUUGAAUAUGCGAAUGAUGGGACAUUAUGCGAUUAUAUAAAUAAGAAAGAUUUGAAGGAAAGGAUACGUCUCGCAACACAAAUAUCCGAGGGACUUUCGUACCUUCAUAACAAAUUAAAUAUUUCACACCGAGAUUUGCAUAUGAGAAAUAUCCUUGUAAAAGAUGGUAAUAUUAAAAUAUCGGAUUUCGGAAUGUCCAAAGGUUUAGAUGAUAAGAACAAAUCCUUUGGACUUUUACCGACUUUUAAAUCGUGGAAAUUAUCAGCAUUCGCUUUGGAUAAAGUAUCUGAUAUUUAUAGUUUAGGAGUUAUUUUAUUGAAACUUUCGAAUUGUCGUCGAACAUUAUUUCCUAAAGAGCAAACAAGAAAACGCGAAAAAACAACAAUGACUUCAAUUUUAAAAGAAUUACAAUUUAAACCACUUGAACCAGUUUAUUUAAGUACAAUCAAAAGAAAUCAUCAUAUAGAUAUACAAUUUUAA